AUGUUUGGGGGGAUCAUCUUUGAAGAGUGCAAGGAGAGGUUUGGGGAAGCUAAGAAGAAGCAGCCCACAGCCCCAAGGAAGGGAAGGAGGGAGAAGGACAUUGAGCAGCUCGUCAGAGACAGGCGGAAGCUCCGUUGGAACUGGCGGAAAGCCACGUCUGAAGAGAAAAUUGGCCUGAAGGAGCUGUGGGACGAGCUCAGGCAAAAGCUCGCCAGGCUGCGCAGAGUGGAGAGGAUCAGAAGAAGGAGGAAAAAGAGAGAGAAGGAGAGGACCAGCUUUUUAGAGACCCUUUAA